GUCUGGAAACUAUGAUGUCAUGCUUGCUCAGACAACAAAAUAAUUAUGUCCCAGGAUUUCUUAAUAAGAUUUGGCCUGUGAUUGAGGAUUACAGAGAGAUUAGCGUUUAUGAUAUGAAAAAUAAGGUAUAUUUUGUCAGACAAGUGUAUGCAAAACUGUGCUGUAUCGCAUUGUUUACUUUACAUUAAAUAAUGACAUUGGGCUCAUCAAGGCUGUGAAAGGCCUUAAUGAUUCUCAUCAGGGUAUUUUGCUUUGGGUAGGUAAAUAGAUUUUUAUGGACAUUGAAAUAGGCCUAUCUUGUAAGUUUUUGUAUGUUUUUGUUCCGAAACAUUGCAUUAGUGCGGCACAGAUGGGAGGGGCUGCUGCAGUCCACUGCAGUGCAGUGCUUCAUGUUGUUGGGUGAAGUGCUGUGUAAGGCAGUUAGGUGGAGCUACAGCACUAUUGUUGUGCUCUGAAGAGCACAGUUUCAUGGAUUGUCCACAUGGCUGACAAUACUAAACAUUUUAAAAUGCAGAACUUUGUAAUGAACACAUUUAACAAUAUGUUUGGGUGGAUUCUUCUUCUGGGAGUUCUGAUGAGCCCAGUGUUGUGUGAGGAUGAGGAGAGUGUAAUUACAGUAUGCCAAGAGGAAGAUAAAGACCUCAGAGUGGACUGCCUUCUGGAGCCCAAACCCAACUACCACACAGACUAUGAGUUCUCCAUGUCCAAAAGCCAAAAGGAGACCAUCAUAAGCACAAACAUCUCUGGAAUCAUGCCUGAACCCAAGUUCAGGCACAACACAUUUGUGACAGAGCUCGAACCAUACGGAUUCAGGCUGACCAUUAUGAGCUUCACCAUCACUGAGAAUACAACAUUCAUUUGUAAAGUAACCAAGAUCCAGAAGACUCUAUUUGUUGAAUUAGAUAGCAUCCAGCCCUGCUCUGCCAUCAGUGUGUUUCUGCUGGGUUAUCCUUGGCUCAGUCUCCUGAUUCCUCUGUGCAUCAUACAUCUAUCGGAAGCCUUUUAAAAACAGGUUUCUGUGCUGGUCAGCUACAGGAUGUGCAAAUGCAUUUCUAGACUCUAAAUAAAGUAUUUCUGUAGAUUUUGCAGCAAA